UGUAAGCAAAUAGGUGGGAGAAGAGCCUACUGACCUCAAAUCAGAGGGUUGGCAAGUGUUGUACUGUCAUCGAUUUUGCACUGGCUCCAUGUUCAUACGCUGUUCCCUAUGAGGCAUGAUGUUCCUGUUUCUAUUUGAUGUAUUUAUCAUCUCUUUGGUCACCUGUCUGCCAAUUUAUCUUUUGCCUUUUCGGUUUUGAACCACAACUGGAAGUGAUUUGUUUUUUUGUAUUGUCUGUUUGCACCAUGUUCCUGAGCCAGUUGGAUCAUCUUGGCUGCAAUUGGACUGCUACCUUUCAUUAACCCUUCUCUGCCUGAAUUGACCACGAUUAAACUUGUUCCUGCAUCACUAACCAGCUGAGUUUAUUGUUGCAAUGAUCAGUCGAAGGAGCUGGGCUGUGGUUCUCUUUCAUAUUAAUGUUGGACAAGCAGGUUGUUGUCUUGUUUUCUGUAGCUUUGUUAUGCAGUUGCCUGUUGGAUGUGAGUCAGGCAAAGCUUUGUUGGUGACUCGUGCUCUAUACUGGACCUGUAAACUUCUGGUGUCUGCUCUUGUCUACCUCAGAUGUGUUCCUGGUUUUGUGUAAACAAGAUGAUGAAUCUUACCCAGUGCUUCUCCUUUGUUUUAGAAAAUAGAAAAGGAAAAACGCUCCCUCAGUCCGGAAAGUUUCCAUAUGUUCAAGCCCCCAAAGGGCAUUUUCAUGUACGUUAGCAAUCAGCAUGAGUUUGGACGGCUUCUUCCUACUGAGAAUUACAAUGCCUCACAUGUGCAUGGUGAUCUGUGGGAAAUAUUUGCCAACCCAUUGGAUUGGAGGGAAAAGUACAUUCAUCCGAGCUACACAGAAAUAUUCACAGGGAAUGUGGUUGAAGAGCCGUGCCCAGAUGUCUUCUGGUUCCCCAUAUUUUCGGAGACAACAUGUGAUGAACUUGUGGAGGAAGUAGAAAACUAUGGCAUAUGGUCUGGUGGAAAGAACGAGGAUAGCCGUCUGGUUGGUGGAUAUGAGAACGUUCCCACUGAUGACAUUCACAUGACCCAGGUUGGACUGGAUCAGGUGUGGCUCCAAUUCAUUCGGGAAUAUAUUGCACCAGUGGCCCUCAAACUUUUCUCUGGCUAUCACACCAAGGGCUUUGCUAUGCUGAACUUUGUUGUAAAGUAUACGCCAGAGAGGCAGGCAUAUCUAAGACCUCACCAUGAUUCCUCUACAUUCACUAUAAACAUCGCCUUAAAUAAUAAAGGAAUAGACUAUCAGAAGACCGACCAUGUGCAGGUGAUACCUGACAUGCUCUGA